AUGAGGAAGAACCGCAUCCGCGACGUGCCACGGGACUUGCCGCCCUCCUCUUCUUUCUCGUGCAGCACCCGCGGCCGGCGGAGUCGCGCCCGGCGGAGCAACCCGACCUGGAACGCCACGCUCCGCUUCGCCGUCCCGGCGACCGGCGCCGGCUCACUCCACGUCCUCCUCUGCGCCGAGCGCGCCAUAGGCGACCGCGACGACGGCGAGGUCCACGUCCCGCUCUCCGAGCUCCUCUCCUGCGCCCCCGACAGCCCCGUCCCCGCCAAGUUCGUCUCGUACCAGGUCCGCGAGAUCUCCUCCGGCAAACCCCAGGGAGUCCUCAACCUGUCGUACAAGCUCGGCGAGGUCACCCAGUCGGCGGGCGCCGCCAACGGCUACGCCCCCGCCCAGUCCGCAUACACCCAGCCUCCACCGCCUGCCGCCUACCCACCUCCCUCAGCGUACCCGCCGCCGUCCGGCAAGGCUGACGCGUACGCGGCUCCCGCCGCCGCCUACCCGCCUCCUUCAGGCAAGGCCGACGCGUACCCGCCUCCUGCCGCCUAA